AUAUUUACAUAUUUCUUUAGAUUUUUCACACAAUUGGGAUUUCAUAAAAAUAUCCAAUUGAGCGUUGAAACCAGGGAAUUGAUUUACAGCUUAAUUAGGAAAUUGUGUUAGUAUGGUAACGGUGUUACAAAAGGAAACUGGGUUAUUCAUAAAAAUUUAAGUCAGAGUGUACUUCCGUCGAUUUCCCGGUAAAUUUUUAAUUGUGAGAUGAAAUUAAUUUUUUACACAAUUUGGGUUGUUAUUGAGCCGAGAAACCAGGGAAGAAAGUGAGGUUUCAGCCAUCGAUUUUGGAUGAUUAACGGAUCCAAAUGAAGAGAUUAGCAGGCAUAUGCGAGUCUGUGGAAGAUCAGGAAGGAUGGGUUGUCCUUGAAUUCGAGUUCGAUAGGUUAUUGGUGAAGUAUUGCAAUGAGAACAAACCAAGUUUGCUGCCAUUGAUGUGGGGGUGAAUGAAUGAGAUUUAUGGUUGUUUUUUGAGAAUUUGUCUGAAAUGUGGACCGUGUACGAAUUCGUGUUUUUAGGGAAGUAGAAAAAAUAAGGAACAACAAGAGUACGUACAGUUUCUUCCCAAUCAACAACUCGAAAUGCAUAUACACUGUUUGUUUAAAUGCCUGAACGAUUAGCUGCAGCUUUUGUUUUUCACUGAACCGAGCUGUUACUGGCAGUUAAGGAGGAAUUACAGGGAUAGGAGAAGGUGGAAAACAUUGAGUUGGUCUGUUACACACUCUAGCAACACUUCCUAAGUCCCCAGGAUGUGUUCCCAUCAAUGCACCGCUGAGAGUGAAAAGCUCACCUCUUGAAGACCAAAAGGUAUACAUAUUCACAAUUUUUUGAGUUCAGAAUAAAUAUUUGAGUGCGUGGCUGCAAGCCCACAUCUAUUUUCCAACAAGCAUGAAGAUAUUGGCUCCUCUAACAAUUAUGCAACUUCCUUAGCCAGGCAUAAAUUAUGGCUUGAUUGAAACAUUGAUCAAGAAUGUUAGGAUUUAAGUUGCGGUCUAAGUUAUGAUUCGUUAACCACUAAUGUGCUACCAUAAUAGCCAAUUCAAAGUUAGAAUUAGGAUUUAUAGGAGGCUAUCAUCUUGAUUUGAGGUUUGUACAUUAGAUUGAGGAAAAGUGUAACACCAAAGAGUCUAUGUCGAUUAGUGAACCAAAAACAUAAAGGUCGUGCGAAUAUUUUUGUGGAAUAAUGGUGACAACUGUGUAUAUAUGUUGUAGUCCUCUCCAACAAUCGAGAUCUCAUUGAUAUUUUUUUCUUUUCUAUACCCAAUUGAAAUAUGGAACACUACUACUCGAAUUGUGAUGCUUAAAUCAAUGGUCAAGUCUAUCAGCGGGUCAUGUUCGUUUCUCCAAGUCGUAACCAGCACUCUGAUUCCUCACUGGUGCUAAGUCAAUCUUCCUUCACAGAAAAAGAUCAGAUACGAUGAUGAUUAUAAAGAACAACGGAGAGUAGUUAAGAACAAGAAAAUCUGUAAAACCACAAACAAGAUUUAUUCCAGGAAGAAUAAUAAUGAUUAUGCCAAAGUUCAAGAUAUGAUUAGCGCUUUUAAUAAGCACUAUUUGCAUUUCGUUCAAAAAGAAAAAUUCAGAUUUAAAAGAACCAAGGAAGCUUCAAAGAAUAAGGAAUACCCUUGAUCCCAACAAAUUAACUAGAUUUUCAUAAGGCAUGGGAGGACUGCUGAUUCAAGUUCUCUACGCGGGGACUGUAAUUGGGGUUCUAAAUUUGGCCUUUCAGGGCACACAUGUCUUUUCGUACAGUCCCCGUCGAGAUACUGCCCACAUCAUGGAGAAUGAAGGAGUGAAACCCAGACUGCGGUUUCGUUGAUUGUGCUUCUGCAUUGGUUAGAAACUGGAGAUCUCCUUAUGCAUAAAGAAAUUGAGGCAAAGCUUGUGGGUUCCUCAGAGUUUGGUCUUGAUAUUGAAGAUUAUCUCACAGGCGUAUGCUUCAUGUCCAACGAGUUGCCACGUUACGUUGUAAACCAAGUCACUGCUGGGGAUUAUGUUUGCCCAAGGAAGGUGUUAAAUUUCUUAACAGAGCUACAUGCUGCCUUCCGUAUGCUCAAUCUCCGCAAUGAUCUUUUGCGCAGGAAGUUCAAUGGGAUGAAGUACAAUCUUAGAAAAGGUGAAGAAGUAUACUAUGAUGUGAAGAUGCGGGGCUUAACUGCAAAUGGGGAUCCAAUAGCAGUUAAAGGAGAUCAAGGUUUCCAAGGAUAGUAUACUCAAAGCCAUAGAUAGAUGCCCGUACUUUUCAAAUACAAAGUUCCUAACUUCUGGAGUAGCAGUUUUUUGUCUAAAUCUCAGUGAAUGGAUUUCUGAUAAACUAAUUGUACUAGUGGUAGUGGACCUAAAUGCAGUUAGCUACUCACCAAUUUACAAUGUAGACAUUGUGCCAAUGUUUAUUAACUCAUGAUCCGAUGCUUUGACAAAUGAUUGGAUAUCGUGGUUUUUUUGUUA